UUACAUUCUACCAAAUCUUAAGCUAGUAGUUGUUGCUCAUUGUUGAACUCCAUCAUACAAUGGCUUCCUCAAUGAAACGCAAAAGGAUUCACGAUGUCUUCUUGAGUUUCAGAGGCACAGAUGUACGUAAGAACUUCCUCAGUCAUCUGUACAAAGCGUUAGUUCAUAAUGGAAUAAACACUUUCGAGGAUAGUGAGGAACUGAGGAAGGGUGACCAAAUAUCGCCGGUACUCAUGAAGGCCAUUGAGCAAUCGCACAUCGCAAUCAUCGUUUUUUCAGAGGAUUAUGCUUCCUCAAAAUGGUGCUUGGAAGAGGUGGUGAAGAUUAUGGAGUGCAAGGAGCAAAGGGACCUCAUUGUUCUACCGGUGUUUUACAAAGUGGACCCAAAAGAAGUGAGAGGGGGGAGAGAGAGUUAUGGGAGAGCUCUGGCUAAGCAUGAGUCCAAAUUCGGGAAGGAUUCGGAGGAAGUGAGAAAAUGGAAGAAAGCUCUUUUUGACGCCGGUAGCUUAUCUGGGUGGCAUUUCAAUGAUGAAGAUGAAUCACAGCUUAUACAAAGUAUUGUGAACGAAACCUCCACUCACCUAGCCCGACCACCUAUGCAUGUUGCUAAGCAUCCAGUUGGGAUUAAUUCUCGAGUGGUUGAAUUGAAAUCAAUGUUAAAGCUUGGAUCUGAUGAUGAUGUUGUCAUGGUGGGAUUAUGGGGACAGGGAGGCAUAGGGAAGUCAACUUUAGUAAGAGCUCUUUACAAUACCAUUUUUAGUCAAUUUGAUGGUUCAUGUCUUUUGGCAAAUAUUCGUGAAGCUUCAAAAGAUUCCAAGGAUUUAGUUCCGUUGCAAGAAAAAUUACUAUUUGAGAUUUUAUCACUGCAACAAGGAUUAAAAGUGUCCUGUGUCAAUACCGGUAUUAAUCUAAUACAACAUAGGCUUCGUCACAAAAAAGUUCUCCUCAUCCUUGAUGAUGUGGAUGACCAACACCAAUUAGAUGCUUUGGCAGGAGAAGGCAAGUGGUUUGGUAAUGGAAGUAGGAUCAUUGUUACUACACGAGAUAAACAUUUGCUAACUUCUCAUGGGAUAGAUCAAGAUCGUGUAUAUAAAGUUAGAGCAUUGAAUGACAAAGAAGCUUGUAAGAUGCUUAGCAAUUAUGCUUUUCCGACACACCAAAAAUUAGAAAUCAAGAGAGAUUUGGUGGAUAGCGUUUUGAAUCAUGCUGGAGGCCUUCCUUUAGCACUUGAGGUGCUAGGUUCCUUCUUAUGUGGUAGAAGAGAAGAUGAAUGGGAGAGUACAUUAAGGAAACUUUCUACAGUUCCUAAUAGUAAAAUCAAUGAUGUGCUCAAAAUAAGCUAUGAUGGACUAGAGGAAAAUGAAAAAGAGAUUUUUCUUGACAUUGCAUGCUUCUUUAAGAGGAGGAAUAGUGAGUACGUAAAGAAAGUCCUCAAUAGUUGCGAUCUUGAGGCAGAAAUAGGAUUAAAAAUUCUCAUUGAGAGGUCCUUGAUAAAAAAUGAGUGGGAUGGACGACUACAAAUGCAUGACCUGAUUCAAUCAAUGGGUAAGGAUAUUGUGAGACAGGGAUGUCGCCAUGAUCCCUGGAGACACAGCAGAUUAUGGCGAUAUGAUGAUGUUGCCAAUGUUUUGUCAAGCGACAUGGGAGAUUGUGUUGUAAAAGCCAUUGUGUUGGAGCCACCCAAACUGAAAAAGCUAAGUAUUCAUCCUAAUGCUUUUACAAAAAUGAGAAAGUUGAGAUUGCUCAUCCUAUCCAAUGUGCGUAAUUCUUUCCACGGCCCUAUAUGUCUUCUGAAUGCGCUAAGAUGGAUGGAUUGCACUGGAUGUGAUCCCUGGAAUCCAAAAUUUUCAUCAGGUCCAAAGAAAUUAGUCAAUCUUUAUAUGAGGAAAGGCAGUAUCACAGAAAUCGUAAAACAAUUUAAGGACUUCAAGCAAUUGAUGUACAUUGAAUUGAGUGACUGCAAGUCGCUCGUUAUUACGCCCAACCUCUCAUGUGCUCCAAAUCUCAAAGAAUUGAAACUCUGGAAUUGCAAAAACUUGGUAGAAGCCCACGAGUCAAUUGCAAAUCAUGACAAGCUCCAAAUCUUGCAUUUUAAAUGGUGCCCUGAACUUGUGUUUUCCAAACUCGUGCUCUCUUCCAGCGAAACGACGAGCUCGACGGCGCCGGCGACAGCGACGAAGCAGAAGACGGAGACGAAGAAGCAGAAGCGCGCGCGCUCGGGGUUCUGGAUAUGGCUCGUCGCGUUGGUCGCGUUCCGGCUCGCCCUCGUCUACCUCCUUAGAACCUCCGCCUGUCCACCCGCCCCGAGGUCGCCACCCCUCUCACCAGCAUUCGCCGCCGUAACGCCGCCUGUCUUUGCUCCGUCGAUCGAUUCCCGAUCCCCGAUGCCCCGCCCCCUCCUUCCUAGAAAUCUUGGAGGUUCCAUGUAUCACGGUUCUCCUUUGCUGUUGCUCCUUCUCGGACCUCUCGCUGUCAAAAGAUUUUGCCACUAUUUAGCAAGCAUAAGGUGGUACAUUUCAAUAAGACAGAUGCUCGUUUGGAAAACAAUGGAAUUUCACUAGAUCUUUAGAGGCUCAGAUGUCGAGUCAACUUUCAGGCUUUAAAAUAUACUCCUCAGAUCGAGGCUCUGGGGAACAAAUUAGUCCACCUCCUUCGAGAUAAGGGGCCUUUCAUGGCUUUGCAUCUGAGAUACAAGAUGGAUAUGUUGGCUUUCUCUGGAUGCACCCAAGGUUGUACAGCAGAAGAAGCUGAAGAGCUCAAGCGAAUGAGGUU